UGUGGUCGCCCGGCCACUGUGGGGAAUUGUAGGGACUGUGGCGCUGCUAUUGGGGGUGAAGGAUAUCAACUCCGCCCAGGAAAUAUCCUCGACCAAGGGUCAGUUAUAAUUACUCAGAUAUAA